GCCAUUUUACACGCACGUCGUCAUCAAUUGUUUUCCAAUGUCCAUGGCGCCCAAUCUCGUAAGCUUCAUUAUUCGGAUUUGAGCUCAACUCGAGUCGUGAUUCGAGGACUCGAUUGAUGUAUACCGAAAUGCUAAGACCUAAAACUACAGAUCACUUUGAGCGGGUUCAGCUUUGUCAUUAUGAACUUGCUGACGAUGUUUUACUACACGCCUGGAAUGGAUCAAGAUUGCCCGUCAUGGGUUUACUACUCUUGGGCAAUUGGUCUUUUCACAUAUCAGACUUUUGAUGCCGUAGAUGGUAGCCAAGCACGAAGAACUAGACAAAGCGGUCCUCUCGGCGAGCUUUUCGAUCACGGUGUUGAUGCCCUAAACACUUCCCUCGAGGUUCUCAUCUUCUCAGCCGCCAUGAACUUGGGCCAGGGCUGGAGAACCAUCCUCAUCCUCUUUGCCUCUCUCUUGACCUUUUACGUGCAAACCUGGGACGAAUAUCACACCCACACUCUGACCCUUGGUAUUGUCUCGGGUCCUGUUGAGGGUAUCGUUACCCUCUGCAUCAUCUACGCAUUCACCGGCUACGUCGGCGGUGGCAGCUUCUGGCACCAGUCCAUGCUUGCAACCCUCGGCAUGCCUCGCUAUGAUUUCUUGCCUGCAUUCAUCUACGAGAUGGAGUGGGUAGACUGGUACAUGGUCUACGGUAGCGCUGUCUUGAUCUUCAACACCGUCUUGAGCGCCAUGAACGUCAUGGCUGCUCGUCGCGCUCGCAAGGAAAAUCCCAUCACUGCUCUCUACGGUCUGGCUCCUUUCGCCCUCACCUGGACCGUCAUCCCCAUCUACCUCUUCUUGCAACCCGUCAUUCUUCGCCAGCACCUCGUGCCUUUCGUCUUCUUCGUUGGUAUCGUCAACGCUUACUCCGUCGGCCAAAUGAUUGUCACGCACUUGACCAAGUCCCGCUUUCCCAUGACCAACGUGCUGGUUUUGCCUCUCAUCUUUGGUGUAGUCGACAGCUUGGGUCCUUUCUUGCAGGACCACAUCGGCUUUGGUUGGCCCAGCGCUCUGGGCGAUGGACAGUACCAAAUUGCCUUUAUGUUCUCAUGCCUGGGUCUUGCGAUCGGUGUAUACGGCAGCUUCGUCGUUGAUGUUAUUGUCACCAUCUGCGAUUACCUGGACAUCUGGUGUUUGACCAUCAAGCACCCCUACGUUGCUGAGACUGAGAAGAAGGAGCUUUGAGCGGAUGACGAAGUGUGGAAGGGUGAGGAGUCUGUGUCACGUAUGUUACAGGGGAGGGUUAGAUGUGGCAAUGUGUUGUUGGAGUGUCAAAGUAGACGAGGGUGGG